UUCCUUGAUUAUUUAGGUCAGUGGUUCGCAAACUUUAACAUUCAUAACAAUCACUGGAGAAUGUAUUAAAACACAGGUUUCUGAGCCCUAUAUCCAGAGAUUCUGAUUCAGUAGGUUAGGGCUGGACCAUGAAUUUUCUUUUCCUACAAACUCACCCAUUAGGCUGAUACCUCUGGAUUCUAAGUUCAUACUUUGUGAACCACUGACCAGGGGUACAGAAGAGAUUUAUUUCUAAUAAGGCCUUCUUUUUCUUUUUUUUUUUUCUUCUUCUUUUUUUUUUGGUCAUUCAGUAAAUAAAUCCCAAGUAGAUGAGGUAUGCGAUAAAUUCCCUUUAGCCCAAACCAUUUCUUAGACUACAUUAGCUCAACUGUAAGAUAACUGUAAAGUGGAUUUGUUUUUACUUAGUUGCUACAGCCCACAAUUGCAGAACUCCAAGGAGUUUAUUCACCUGUCUCUUCUUUAGAGCUGGACUGUGCUCUGGCUUUCCAGAGGGCAAGGGCCGCCCCAGCCAUACUGCUGGAGUUCGAGGCCAGGGUCACUUUUUAACUUGCAUUAUCAGAGGCAGAGCGUCCAGCUUGCCAAACUCUGCAGAAGGUUCCCGAUAGGCGCCAAUCUAGGAAACAAAACCGUCCCCCUGCGGUCGACCAAUCCAACCCCACCCGCGAGCCUCUUCUCUUCCAGGGACCCUCCUGGAGCCCAGGGAACCAGGCGGAGGCGAGAGGGAGCCCCCAAAGGAGCGCGACAGGCAGGUCCCGACCCGCCGGCGUUCACGCGGCGCGUCUGUUGCCCAAACCUCCCGCCGCCUGCGAGCAGUCGCCGGAUUGUCGCCCCACAGGGAGCCACUCGGCCCAGGGGCACAGGCAGCCCCGGCUCUCUCGCCCAGGAGAGGCUCUACAGGCUGGCACUCAGGCCCGCGAGCUCGCCCACUCGUCUCAGCCCACUCCGUGGUGCUCGGUGUCGAAGAUGUCGGCCAAGCCCGCUGUCGGCUUCGCGAACGAAGCUUCUCGGCAGAUCCUGGCCGGUGGUUCCGCUGUGAAAAUAAGAUGAAACAAUAUUGAGACCUUGUGACUUCAUGGAAAAGGUCUUGUGGAAAUUUGCCUGAUGCAUCCUCUCGAUGUUGUGAAAACCAGGUUCCAGAUUCAGAGAUGUGCAACUGAUCCAAAUAGUUACAAAAGCUUAGGAGACAGCUUUCGAAUGAUUUUCCGCACCGAAGGGCUGUUCGGUUUUUACAAGGGAAUUCUGCCACCCAUCUUGGCUGAAACACCAAAAAGAGCAGUGAAGUUUUUCACCUUUGAGCAGUACAAGAAAUUGCUAGGAUAUGUGUCACUGUCACCAGCAUUGACAUUUGCCAUUGCUGGAUUGGGAUCUGGACUAACAGAAGCCAUCGUGGUCAACCCUUUUGAGGUAGUAAAAGUUGGCUUGCAAGCCAAUCGGAACACAUUUACAGAGCAACCAUCCACUAUGAGUUACGCCAGACACAUCAUUAAGAAGGAAGGCUUGGGACUCCGGGGCCUCAACAAAGGAUUUACAGCAACUUUGGGACGUCAUGGAGUUUUCAAUAUGGUUUAUUUUGGCUUCUACUACAAUGUCAAAAACAUUAUUCCUGCCAAUAAGGAUCCAACCUUGGAGUUUUUGAGAAAAUUUGGGAUUGGUCUUCUCUCGGGCACAAUAGCCUCAGUCAUUAACAUCCCUUUUGAUGUUGCCAAAAGUAGGAUUCAAGGGCCUCAGCCAGUUCCUGGAGAGAUCAAGUACAGAACCUGUUUUAAAACAAUGGCAACAGUCUAUCAGGAAGAAGGGAUUUUAGCCUUGUAUAAAGGCCUGCUUCCCAAGAUUAUGAGGCUUGGACCAGGUGGUGCGGUGAUGCUGCUGGUUUAUGAAUACACCUAUUCAUGGCUUCAGGAGAAAUGGUGAUUGCCUACAGAGGAUUUUCGCCCCUUCAGAUACGGGAUAUUUGUUAUACAGCACCAUGAAAAGGAGAGACUAUCGAUCAGCUAAGCCGAUACAAUUAUAAAUUAUAAUUAUAUAGUUAUAUACAACUAUAAAGGGUAAAACAGUUUGUUCAAGAACAAAACUUAUAUUGAUACUUUAAAAAUUAUCUCUGGACAAUUUGACACUGUAGUUUUGGUUGUAUCCAUAAGACUGUGAGAAGAAAAAUAAUAAGAUGAAGCAAUGAAGUAUGAAACUGAAUAUAAAAAAAUAGCAUAGAAAUCAGAUAUAUUUCAUAAAAGCAACAUAAAUUUUAUGACCCACACUGCUUAUACUGCUUCACAAUGAAAAUUCAUUGUAUUGAUGAUUACUUUUUCCCAAAAGGUCAAGAAAUGCUUAAAAGUUAAAAAAAAAAGCCAAAAUUUAAACCAUUUUUAUAAGAAAUUAAAUUCUUCCAUAAAUAUGAUUUAAUUAUAUACAAGGAAAAUAUUUCUAAAGUGUACUAAAACAGCCUUUUAAAAAUUUUGUGUUAAAAUGUGAAGUUAUUGGUUUCCUUCAGUCAUAAUACAUAUCUCAGCUAUAUUUUCCUGAAUCUACUUUAUAUUUUGUGCUGUUGGUUAAAGCAGGUUAUAUUUUUAAAUCAUGAUAUUUGAAGUCUUUUAUGACAAAUAUAAAACAUGAAAUUAUAUUAAACUACUUUCCUUCACAUAGUUCCCUUUGAAGACAAGUUUUAAUGCUGAAGUAUUUUCAUAUUAAAUCACAAAUUGAAACCACUCUGUGGGCCCAUUUGUGCUGUCUGUAUUUGCAUCCAAAUACUUUUGUUCAGAACUCUUACCUAUGCCAUUCUUAAAAAGAGUGUUUGGAGCAAAACUACAUUUCUAGGUUAUUAGUUUUAAGUGACAGUUUCAAGUGUGACAUCUGCCAACUGCAGUGUUAAAAUAUGUAUUAUGAAGGGGCAAAUGUUUCAAAUAGAAAUACAUUCUUAGCAAUUCCAAAGAUUCCUGUACUAACACGCACUCCAAAAAAAAUCUCCUUACCAUUGCUAUAACCAAACUUAAUUUUAUACCUGCAUUCUGAAAUGAUGCUACUUCAGUAGCUAAAGUUAACAAAAGUAUCUGCAUGUUCUGGAUGGCAACUACUACUGUGAGGUAUUUCUACCAAGAAGCUGUGCCACUAAAACAUUUUGAAAAUAAAAAAUGAAAGAUAGCAUGGUAAUUAUUACUUUUUAUUAAUUUAGAGCAUUUGAAGUAUAAAAAUAAAGGCUUUUUGACAUACUGUAUAUACAUACACAGCCUUCAGUUGUACAUCCUUUCCAACGUGUUUUUUAAUUUAUAUUUCAGCCCAAUAUUUAAUAAGAGGAUUAUUAAAAGUAGGAAAAAAUGAGAGAAAUUAGAAUGUGUCUGUUGUACAACUGCAUUCUGUCCUUGCAGGUAAUACUCUGGCAUCCUGUGAGAGAGAGCAUGGCCUGCAUAGAGGCCAUGAAAUUGAACCUUUAACCUCUCCAUGUGGAUGGGAUGGAAAAGGAUCUCUGAAGAGUGCAUUUGCUGGUUUAAAAACAACACUUUUACCCCCGUAAGAAACAGGAAAUAUGUCAACAUCAACCAGUAAUAAUAAUGUUUAAAAAUCAAACAAUCCUAACCCCAUAUCCCAUCCCACUUUCCUUCUCUUAUUUUUAAAAAUAGCUUUAGAUCACAAUGUGCUUUGAGUAGCACAUUGUAUUUGGGCUUUCUCUUAUCUUUUUCAGUUUACUCCAUGUGAAUUCAUUGUUGCUGAGAAAAGACCUAGGGGAAAAAAAGGAAAGCAAAAAAAAAAAAA